AUGGUCCCUUGCUCAGACCACUUAGAAGAAAUCGAUCGUUCGGAACCGGAACCGCCGCUAAGCGGCCCGCCGAACGGUACGCUGCUGCCAAAGAAACCCAAACCGUCGUUCCACUACGACCCAGACUUGUUCGCCAAGUGCAAAACGUACCUUGAGAAGAAGAACUACCACGGAUUGGCGCUUAUCGCCCGCCAGAAGGGAAUCCCGCCAUUUCUCCGUUUCAAGGUAUGGCCCAUGUUGCUCAAGCACCACCCUUACGUGCUCAAUCCGUUUUUACAGCCGGACAGACAGCCAGACAGCGACGAGAACCUGGAGUCGCUGGAACUGGACGAGCUAGAGCUCAAGCGCAAGAUCCGAAAGGAUCUUCGGAGAUACAUGCAUCGCGUGGCAAGCCCUUCGGACGAACCGCUUCUGGAGACGGAGCUGCGUUUGUUUGAUACAUUGGAGAAGUCCGUGCACAAGUUUAUUGUCAAAUGGGGCAGGAUCAUCAAGUAUGACCUGUCGCUUUCGUGGUUUGCCUUGGGUCUAGCGGAAUGGUUCCCGCCUAUUCCACACACCUCGUGGGUGCUUUUAGGUAGAGACGUUCUUUCUGCCAACAACACACAUAUUGGAUGUGUGUUCGAUGAUUACCAAGAGUACAUUCAUUCGCUGCCGGGCCUCGACUCGUACCUCAAGGAUUUGGUCCAGGACGAAAACAUCAGCAAUAUGAGCUUCCAUGAGGUGUAUGAGAGACUCGUGCUCAUUCUCUUGCACUCGCCUGAGCUGGCGAACAAGAGAGAUCCUUCAACGUUGGUCAAGAUCGACAAGCUGACGCUCCCGAUCAACGGAGGAACCAUUGAAGAGAGAGUCUCGUUUUUCAUCUACGUGUUCCAAAUUCUUUUACCGGAGCUUUCCGAGUACUUCCUGGAAGAGCAAAUUCUCAAUAAAUUUGGUGCUCACGACGACGAGUGGCUCAUUUGGUGGCUCAAGUUCUGCGGUGCCAAGGUGUGGUCCCGUGUGGAUCGUGGCCGUGUGUGGGAUCUUCUUGUCGGUUGGAGACUCCAAAGUAAAAAGUCCGAAAACAACAAGCAUUACUACAGCGACAAGCUCAACAUCUCAGACCAGUUGCUUGACAAAUUAGGCCCUGACGUGUUCUGGACUGUCGACUAUGAAGAAGACCAACCAGCUCUGCCGACGUUGACAAAGCGUGAUUCCUUCAAGGACCUCAUGAGCGAGUUGCACAUUGAGCCUCCAGGAAGUAACGACAGCAGCGGCCUUGAGAGCAUGUCCAACAACGACUUGCCUCCACAGCGUAACCACAACAGUACGUCAUCCUCGUCACUGGGAUCCACGCUGCCGUCGCUUCUGCCCUCUCUGGAAUGCUCACUGAACCUGAGUUGCUCCGAUGACGGGCCAGUGAUUCCCUUUUCCAAGAUCGACAUGCACAUUGAGCUUCUUUUUGUGUGCCUUGCGCUUUUACAGGCCAAAGGCAACACGUUGGUGGAGCUUGACCAGCACGAGAUCAGAACGUACUUGUCGAGGCUUCCGGCAAAGUCGUUCAAGGCCAGCGACAAGUACAAACAGUACCAGGAGCAAAAGGACAAGGAGAAAGGUGCAGCUCCGCCAGACACCGGAUUCCGCUACGACUACAUGGACAGUAUUAUCUAUGAAGCCGGAGAGCUUUGGCGGAAGUGGCUCUGGAGAGAGCAGACGUCGUAG